GACAACGUCUGGUUAAAACAAAUUGGCCGACGGAUAGGUUGAUAGGGAUGAAAACGUAGGCGCUGGUGAAUGGACAGUGGAAUUGUAAAAAUUGUUUCUGAAACCUUUCGAGGAAGUACCUUAGGAGAACAACUUUUUCACCAUGACAUCAUCUAGAGAAAAUGAUAAAGAGAAGCUCCGCUCUGUGUCAGUGGACCUGAACAAUGAUUCCUCCCUUCUCAUUGACAUUCCGGAUGCCCUUUGUGAGCGAGACAAGGUCAAGUUCACUGUCCACACCAAGACCACACUCAGUUCCUUUCAGAAGCCAGAUUUCUCUGUGUCACGCCAGCACGAAGACUUCAUAUGGCUACAUGACACGUUGGUUGAGACGGAGGAUUAUGCUGGUCUCAUCAUCCCUCCUGCACCCCCAAAGCCAGACUUUGAGAGUCCUAGAGAGAAGAUGCAUAAACUCGGUGAUGGGGAGGCCACCAUGACCAAGGAGGAGUACACAAAGAUGAAGCAGGAGCUUGAGGCAGAGUACCUGGCUGUGUUUAAGAAGACUGUCCAGGUGCACGAAGUUUUCCUGCAGAGGCUCUCUUCCCACCCAGUCUUCAGCAAGGACAGAAACUUCCAGAUAUUCCUGGAGUACGACCAGGAUCUCAGUGUGCGGAGAAAAAAUGCCAAGGAGAUGUUUGGUGGUUUCUUCAAGAACAUGGUGAAAACUGCUGAUGAGGUCAUCAUCUCAGGGAUUAAGGAAGUGGACGACUUCUUUGAGCAGGAGAAAACUUUCCUGCUUGAUUAUUACAGUAAGAUCAAGGACUCCACUGCCAAGGCGGAAAAAAUGACUCGGUCUCAUAAAAAUGUAGCUGAUGACUACAUUCAUGUCUCUGCAACUUUGAACAGCAUGUGUGCAGAAGAUAACACUGCCCUGAAAGUGCAUCUGGAGAAGUUUGCAGAUCUAUUGGAGAAGCUUAGGAAAGUGGAGGGCAGAGUUGCAUCAGACCAGGAGCUGAAGCUCACCGAGCUGCUCAGGUAUUACAUGAGGGACAUCCAGGCAGCCAAGGACCUGCUGUACAGACGUGCACGAGCCCUGGCCAACUACGAGAACUCCAACAAGGCCCUGGACAAGGCUCGGCUGAAAAGCAAAGACAUAGCACAGGCAGAAGAGCACCAACAGCAGUGCCUGCAGAAGUUUGACAAACUCUCUGAAUCAUGCAAGAAGGAACUGACAAGCUUCAAGGGCAGACGGGUGGUGGCCUUCCGCAAGAACUUGAUCGAGAUGGCGGAGCUGGAGAUAAAACAUGCCAAGAAUAGUGUGUCUCUGCUCCAGGGAUGUAUUGACAUGCUCAACAGCAACUGAUCGUCAGGCUUUGGUCACCUGCCUCGCUUGACUACCUUGACCAACCUUGUUUGAAAGGAAUGUGGGACAUUUUUUCCCCCCCCUGAAGGGUUAAAAAGAAACCACUUAGUCAACCUGCACAAGAGCAACCAACGUGGCUGCCUGUAUGUUUACAGACCCGCUUUCCCCAAACCCUUCAUGCCCCUCCUGUUGUACUCCCUCCUGCUUUGACUUUUCUUGGGCAUCUCUCAGUGCACGACUGUGCAUGGGAUGUAAAAUUCCCUUCGAAAACCUGACGGCAAUUUAAUGACUUUUGCUUUUCUUUUUGACUGUUUCAAUUGCAUACUGUCCCUAAUUCUGCAGUCCCCCUCCAAUGCCUUAAUUUGUUGGCAUGUUUAUGCAUUAGAACGCUGUCGUGUGAAAUGAUCAUUUAUAUCUAAAACCUCUCGCUUAUCUAAGCUCGCACAGUGGGAGUUUAAGAGUUUGUGGAGACAACCUGCCAAACAAUCCACCAUACAGCACUUCUCUUCAGACCACUUGGCCUGAACAAGCCUGAUAUGUAGUUUUUAACGCAAUGCACUUGCUGAUCUUUAUGCCUUUUCCUGGGUGAUUGUCUUUUCCAUGACUAGACAAUGUGUUACCAAGAGGCAGCAGGCCAACUGCUGCUGUUUCAAACUGUAUAAUACGCCUGAACAAGUUAAAGAGAAGUUUUAUAACUGUUAAAGCACAAUUGUAGAAGGGGGGGGGGGGGGGGGGUUGAUGCUCAGACAUUUGUGCCUAAAAUAAGGUUUCUUGUCCUAACCGUUAGUGUAUGAUUGCAGCUGGGUUUGGCUUAACCAUGCUAAAAAUGAUCUUUCAAAACCAUUCAUCACACAGACUGAAGAUCUGGACCACAGGAAUGCUGACCUGGAAUUAUGGUCACACUCCUUGUCGUUGCCUCUUCAAGUGUGGGGCCAAGUCCCUCCCCCACUAGUCCGUGGCUAUUCCUGAGAUCCGCUGUCAUUUUUAUCCCAGAAGCAGCCUGCUAAAAGCAUCUCCCUUUCAGGAAGAUGAUUGGCCCAGUCAGCCACAGAUGGUUUUCCAGCAGCCGAGUCGAUGAGUUGUGUGGUGGUGAAUCAUGUAGAAUCGGUCCCUCUCUGUUUUUCCGUCCUACUAUCCUAGUUUCGGCACACACUGAAAAAGCAUCAGUGCUUUCACAAGUAAACGACGCGCUCCAUUCCACUGCGCUGCAUUCUCUGGUUAAAGUCCCUGCACUUCUAAUUAGAUGUGGGUUGGUGAGCCAUGUGCCUCUAUACUACUCUUCAAAGGGAAGACAGUGAUGGCAGAGUGUGACUUCUGAACCCAACCCUUACACGUGCUCACACACGUUCUUAUAUGUAUACUAACUAUGUUCUGCUUGCCCCCUGUGAUCAUUUGUGUAUCCUUUGCUUGUCAUUGUAAUGCUGUACUUGCCUUUCUUUUUACAGGACUAAAAUUAAGACUUUGCUUUGUUUUAAUAGUAUUGUUACUGAUGCAAACGUUUGUCUUGCGUAAGACCAAUUGCUUGAAAAUGUCAAUAGAGGACCAAAAGAGUUUAUAUUGUGAUAUGACGGAAGAUUUUUUGAUGACAAAAAAAAGCAGUUUAUACAUGAACCACUAAGCAAUAAUGCAAUCAUGGCCAGGCCUAGUAGCUGAAAAGUCAAAACGUUUUUGAUAAUUGAAUGUAUUUGUAAUGGAAUGCAGAUAUGUUUUCACAUGGGCUUUUUCCUUUUCUAAGAGAAAUCCAGCGAGACACUACUUGCAAUAAUUAUAUUAAAAGAUUCCUACUGCCUCA